AUGGCCACCGCGGCCUCCUACUUCUCCGGCUCGACCAUCAUGCCGUCGCAGCGCACCGCCGCGGCGCCCGACAACUCCGCCGCCGCCCCUUCACGGGUCAAGUUGGGCAACCCCCGCUUCUCAGGAUGCGCCCCCACCACCGUCCGCCACAUCGCCCGCUCCUUCGCUGCCGCGGUCGCCGCCGACGGAGGCGGCGGCGGUGACCCCGUCAUCUCCAUAGACGGCGUCGAGGCCACCAAUGUUAGGGUUUUGGGGAGGGUGGUGAGCGUGGUGAACAGGGAGGCUGGCGUGUCAUUCACGCUUGACGACGGAACUGGGAAGAUCGCCCUCGUGCGGUGGCUCACUGACCAGACGGAUGCUCGUGAGGCAGCUUUCGUCCAGAAUGGAGUGUACCUCAAGGUUCAAGUGAGUCUCGUAGGGUUUCAAGCUAAGCAACAGGGAUUUGCUCGUUCUAUCAGGCUUGUAACCAAUUUCAAUGAAGUGGUGCUGCAUUUCAUUGAGUGUAUGCAUGUGCAUUUGGAAAAUGUCCGGCCAAAGAUGCAAGGUCAAUUCCCUCACGCUGUUCAAACAAAUGCAUCUAUUCAUGAGAUGCAAGGUCAUCUCCCUCACACAGUUCAAACAAAUGCACCUGCUUAUGCGCCUUUUUCUGGAGUGAGAGAACAUCAAGUUCAUUUUGCUUCUCAAGUAAACCAAGGGCGAUUCCCCCCGUCAGUUCAAACAAACACAUCUACUCAUGUACCUUUUUCUGGUGGAGUGAGAGAACAGCAUGUUCAUUUUGCUCCUCAACCAAACCAAUUUUCAGCUUACCCAGGUACUGGUGGACAGCAGCAUGAUCUGCAGAGAAUGGUAUUGGAAGUUAUGCAACAACCAGAUAUACUUGCCCUUGAAAAUGGAGUACACGUUGAUGAAGUGGCUAGGAGACUUGGAUUGCCUAAAGCACAAAUUAUGGUCACUGCCCAGCAUCUGGUCGAUUUGGCCUGCCUUUAUUCAACCAUUGACGACUAUCAUUUCAAGUCUACAUUGAACGGUUGAUCAAUGCAAAUCGUCUUGAAGACUAGUAUAAUGACAUGAGAUUCAUUGCAGUUUUAGGUACUGAACAGUAUUCAUGGUAUACGCUGCAAAUACACAUAUUUAGUGCAUGCACUUUACAUUGUUCAGUCGAGUAGGUGAUACCAUUCAUUUUAUACUUACCAAGCAAGUGCUUCAACAUGCAUAUGAGUUAGAAUGUCAGAUCAUUAGCAAGCUGCAACUGCUUGAUGGAUCAGGUUAUAUAUACUGUUUACUUGGUUCACUGAUUA